AACUUCUGACAGAAAUUCUAAAAAUAAAAUCGCAACCAAAACAAAAACACUUUGAAUUCCAGUAUAAAAUUUUCAAACUUAAUUUUUUAUUUAACUUUUUCUUAUUUUUGUGUAACAUUUCAAUGGUCAGUACUAAGGACAAAACCCUCCUCUACCCACCAUGUUGGUCCGAUGAUACCCGCAUGGAUGUUCUUAUGGCUCCAUUUCGCCUAAAAUCCGUAAAUCCCGAAAACUACGUAUCAAAAAUGAUUUUCUGGCAGGAAAUGAUCACAAAAUAUUGUGAAUUCAAUGGAUCCCCGUCAUUCAAUAAACGCCAAUUGCAAGUAGCUUUCCAUCGCAAGAAUAAAACUCCCUACGGCUUGGAUAAUGUCCUCGAAGAGAUGCGUAAUACUCGGAAAAUCCGAACAAGAACCGAGUACAUGUAUGACCCUGAGAACAGCUGGACUGGUUGGGCUAUAAAUAGUUUUGUCAAGAAACCUUUAUGGUGGGGAGUGCGAAAGGUAUGGACUGCAGGAGAGUCCGAUGAUGCUCUGCUCGAUUUUAUACAAUUGGAAGUUGUUAAGAAAAUGUGUAAUGACCUUAUUAUUAUCCUGCAAAAGCAUUCUGGUAAACUUCUGCAUUACGAUGAAGUCAAGACGAUUAUCAGUGAUGCUAUAAACUUGAGUGACGAUGGACUUCACAUCUGCCUACAUACAUUGUUUUGCCAAAAGAAAGUUGUCCUUGAGUUUACUGUUGAAAACAAUGAAAGAAAAAUUCACUUGGUAAAAAUUCCCGGCAAAACUGAUCAAAAUCCAGAGAUCUCGGAGACCGAUCGAGCGUUCCACAACCUACAGAUGACACAGAAGAAUCUCACAGCUCAACUAGAGUCCUUAGAAUCAGAUAUCAAAAUAACAGAUGAAAAAGCACGACAAUAUUUGAAGGAGAACAAACGACAGCUCGCCAAGACCUAUCUUAGGAAAAAGCAUUUGUUAGAAAAGAAUUAUGAAAAGCGAAGCAUCGCUCUAAACAAUGUCGAGACAUUGCUCUCGAGUGUCGAUGAAGCUCAAAACAACGGUGUCAUACUUGAAACUUAUAAAAUCGGUUCGAAAGCCUUGCAGAAAGUUCUCAACGAUUCGGGACUCAAGUACGAUAACGUUGAUGAAAUUAUUUCCGACAUCAAAGAAGCAGUGGAUACUCACGAUGAAAUUCAAGAUACCAUCGCAAGUGCUCAUCUCAAUGAAAAGUUCGAUGAUUAUGACUUGGAGAAAGAACUGAGGGAUAUUGUCGGCGAAGAGAAGCCAGAUGAGAGACCUGCUCAACCAGCAAUUGACAAUAAUAAUAUGCAGAAAAUAGAAGUUACCGACGAGGAAUUGUUGGCGAUGCUGGAGGGUUUAGAAGUUGAGAAUGAUUCCCCGACGAAGUUCGAUCCAAAUGCCAAUGAGACUGCCUAAAGUGAUUUGUUUAUAUUUAUUUUUUGUUUCUCUCUUUAUUUCAAGUUAUUUUUCUAAAUAAAAAAGUCAACGAUCAAUAUUAUAAAAUAUAA